AUGGCCGGAAAGCCAGCCCUGCUUGCGCCGAUGAUGGACAUCAUCAAGGCAGGCAGUCCGCAUCUCCUCGAGGAACACUUCGACAAGGAGAUCCGCAAGCAGCUCUGCGCCAUGCCGGAGUCGUACAGUCUGGAGGCGCUGCGCUCGCUCUCGUCCGUCAACUGGGCCACCGUCAGGGCUCCCACGCCGUACAUCAUGCGGCGAGUGAACUCGCUGUGGAACAAGUGGAAACAAGGCCUGCCGCCCACGGACACGUUCGAGGCAUCCAUGGAAGAGACGCGGGAGUCGGGGACGAAGCGUGGGGCAGUGGUUCCUGAGCGGCCGAGUGGGCUCGACCGUGUCGCACCCUCGAUCCGGCGCGCGCCGCCACAGGCGCCCGAGGGGCCCGCCAAUCCCUGGUCGAGGCCGCUGGGUCUGGUGGCGAAGGCGGCGGACGCGGAGGCGGGCCGCACGGCAGGUGCGGAGCAGGACGCGCAACCUGGGCCUGCCUGCAGCUGGGCCGCGGUGAUCCGUGCGAAGGCGGCGCCGGCCGCGAGCGACGCCGCGCUGGAGCUGCGGGCUGCGGCGGGCAAGGGGCCGCGAUCGAAGGUGGUGUCGGUGGUGGCCGCGCCUGCCAAGGUGGUGUCGGUGCGCAAGGGCGGCAGCGCAGGCGCCGACGAUGCGGCCAGUCAGAACUCCGAGCACGAGCAGUGCCGGGAGGAGGGGCGUCCGGCCAAGCUCAGUCGGCGCGCGUACACGCUGGACCAGCUGCGCAAGCUGAAGCACCAGUGCCAGGGGUCGAGUGCGUGCGACCGCUGCGCCGCGCUGCUGCGCAUGGUCGAGAAGAGCGCGGGCGAGGCGCUCAAGGGGUUCCCGCGCAUCCAGUGCUCGGACUGGGACGACGCCGCAUCCGAGUCAUCGGUGCUGCAUCUGAUCCCGCACGACAUCGAGGAGCUCGAGGGCGAGGAGACGCUCGGGGUGGCUCCGGACAGUCGGGCAGGUGGCACCGGGGGGGAACCAAGCAAGUUCGGGAGCGUGCCGAUCGGAUACCUUCCUCUGGCGGGGGGCACGGACGCGUUCUCGAGGUGUGCGGGCGGCGUGAGGGAGGGCGCCGACCCGUUGAUCCCGCGGGUGCUGGGCGACGGGUUGUGGGGCGAUGGGCUGUCCCACAUGACGCCCGCGCUGGCCUUCGCCGCGUCCCCCGUACCCGCAGCGCCGCCGACCGGGGGGUGGCCGCUGUCCGGGCAGAGCUGCUGCCCCCUGGUUCCGAUGUCGAACAUCCUCGACACAUCGCCGGGCCCCUCACCACUGCUGUCCCGCAUCCUGGCAGCAGAGCCGACCGCGAACCCGUGA